AUGUCGACUCACAGACGCGGUCGCGGGCGAGGUAGAGGUAGGAUAGGCACCGUUACUCCUGGCCCGGCAGGAAAUUAUCCAGUAGACUUCAUGGCUUCCUUGGGAAAUAUGGCUGUGGCUAUGCAGGCGACAGCCGAGGCAUUGGGUAAUCAGAUAAACCAGGGUAAUUACAGAAACAAUAAUGAUGAGGACGGUCCCAUGACACUUGCUACAUUUCUGAAAGUUCACCCUCCGACCUUCAAGGGAACCUCAAAUCCCACUGAUGCAGACAAUUGGAUUCAGGCUAUGGAACGGGGGACACGACGUAUCUUGCAGCCAGAUGGCAUUGUGAUUCCUUGGGAGCUUUUCCGAACAGAGUUCUAUAAGAAAUACUUUCCUAAUUCAGCCAGAAAUGCCAAGAAACUUGAACUGAUGCAGUUAAAGGAGGGACAGUUGACUGUUACUGAGUAUACUAGCAGGUUUGAGGAGUUAUGUCGCUUUUCUCGCAUCUGUCAAGGUGCGCCUGAAGAUUUUGCUGAGUGGAAAUGUAUUAAGUAUGAGGGAGGUCUUCGAAGUGAUAUUCUAAGCUUCGUUGCACCAAUGGAGAUCAGAGUAUUUUCGGAACUGGUAAAUAAAAGUAGAGUUGCUGAGGAUUGUCUGAGAAAGGCGACAUCAGAUAAGAGUGAUCAGCGAAAUUUUGUUAGGAGAGAUCAGGGAAGGAACUUCGCCCUUAGAGGAUAA